GGACAGCGCAUCGAUCAUGUCUGCCGGAGCACGUUCGUUGGUCGGAUCGCUGUACUCGCUGACGAUCGGAGGGGAGCGUGUGCAAAAACGCCGGCGGCCUCAGUUUUCCGAUCUCGGUGCGCCGGAGUGGCACCCGGAAGAUAAGGUACCCAUCCCUGACGACAUGCCGGGCACCGUGUCCAGAAGUGACAUCGGCGCGUACACCGUCGCUCAUGGGACCGUGCUUCCGCUCCGUCUCGACGACAAGAGCCACUGGCUGUCGCUCAUCCUGUACAAUCAUGCGGCAGAGACGUCGCUCGCUGCGAUGUACCACAACGAAGCCAAAAUCUGCGGCGAACUGCGUCUUUCUAUAGAGAAGCCAAAGAGCAUUUCAAGCCUCGAUAUCUGGCUGGCAGCAAUUGCUCCCAAUGGACAGCUCCUGAGCCUGACUGCCAAUCUCUGGUCCCGACACAAAGGUGACCCAAAGCACCCGGGCGCGAAGAAUCCGAGCGUCUUCAAGGACAAAUUUCCCAGUGGCACUUACGUGUUCCCGUUUGAGCUCCCUGCGUUCCCGAGAUUCGUCCAGGUGUCGCACCCUGACCACGAGAACCAACGCGGGAUGGUCGCGCUGCCACCGUCGGGCAAGGUCAAGUUCACAUGUGGCGUUGGCGUGCGACGAGACUCGGUCGGCGGAAUCAACGAAGACAUGGACAUGAUUUUGCAGUACAUCCCUCUCACGCGGAACUUGCCGAAAGCGCCAUCGCCGUUUCCUUUCCUGACCUCCCGCGAAGAGUGGCCGUUCAAGCGCGAGUCGAUCGGCGGCUGGGUGCUCACGCCGUUCGGCGGUCGGGGACGAAUCGGGACCGACAUCGUGGAGGUGGAAGGAAUUCUCGGCGUGCAAGAUCCGGCGGUUUUUCAGGCUGGACAGACUGUGGACUUUGUGCUUCUUCUCUGGUCGAAGAGCGCGGAUGCCAUCACGUUGCUCGCGCAGCCAGCCGCAAUCAGCGUCGGCCACUACAAAGCAGAUUUGAUGCCGUCCUCGGAAGCUCUGCGGCCGCGUUCGCAGUCCCGACAGACAAGGACCCUCGAGCGCACAGCCGAUGGACGGAUCUGGCUCGCUGAAUCCGGACGACCGGCGCAGGGAGAGUCGGCUCCUCCGCUGGUCUACCUCAGCCACGUCCCAGAAUUGGCGCCGCCCAGCUCGCCGAAGACCCCGACUCUACCGUCUCGAAUGCAGAGUUUCGUUUCGGCUGAUGACCCUGAGGAGGAAGAGAACCAGCUGGAGGCGGCAGAUCAAUUUGACGACGCAUUCGGCGACACCGAGCAGAUUGUUCGCCUUGAAGGGGAGAUUGUCAUCCCUCCAUCAAGGCCCGUGAGCUACCGGUACACUGAACUGGGGCGAGAGUACAGUCUUCAACUACACAUCACACACCCUCAAUACGCCCAUAUCUCUCCGACGGGGGCAGGUCUCGUGGCUGAAGUCCCUCUCUGGAUCACUGCCGAUCGACCCAUCCACAGCGGCCCAGUGGACCUGAAUGCCGAUGCCGACUAUCUGGCAUCACUACCCUUGAAAGGUGCUACUAUCCCCGUGGGACCUGGGGCAAUUCGAUGGCCGAAGAGUGUGGGAGAGCGUGCACGCCACCCUCGUGGCGGCAAGCCCAAACUGGGACAGGCAUUUCUUGGCUUGAGGUCACUCCCAGGACAAAGCGUGGGUGUAUCAUAGACGGGACCAUUUCAUAAUCCAUCAGAUGAGUGUACUUAUUACUUCCGCUUAAGGGAACAAUGUUUCCUAUUUCGGAAUCAAGGUCGAACGUGACUCUUUAGACCUGAGGGACCAUCGCAGAAAGCUGUUCAGGCAGAACCGGACGUUUGAGCCACUCGUCCAUCCAGCCACUCUGAGCGCCCUGGCUGUGCUCGACGCUGGGCAAGGCAAACACGGCUGUGACAAGCCAGAUAUCCUCGGGCCCUGAGCUGUGUUCUCCCAUUAGAGUCGGGAGGACGGCUCUGGGCACCAUCAGAUUUGAAUUUGCGUCCGUACGAAGGGCCACGCCCUUGCGUUCCUGGCCACCGACUGAGAGGAUGCCAACGACACCCGCCUCGGAUGCAGCUCGGGCCCGGCCCGGCCCGGCGAAGGUACCAAAACGCUCGUCACUAGAUUCUUCAUCCAGGGGAUCUAGGUGUCUUCCGUCUUCACGCUGACCGUAGACAGCAAACCCGCCCUCGGCUGAAGUGAGCGACCGGCCCUUCCGGAUCCGAUGUAUGCGCAGGUGCCAUAGCGGUGCCGCUGUGGAAGGAGGGACGAGCCAAGUUUCCACAGCGACGUCUUUCCACGGAUACCACAUCGAGCGCAGCCAGCCGACACCCGGGCCCUCGAACCGCGCCUCCCGGGUGUCCCGUCGGCAUUUCCAGGUCUCCCCUCCGUCGUCGCUCAGCGCGAGCGUGUUGUCGCCGGCGAGUUCCUCGAGGGUCCCGUUCCCGACGGGUACGCUGUAGCCGAACGCUGAGGAAUAUGCGAGCUUGCCGUAUUUGGCUGGGCCUUGCUUAACGGGGUAGGAACACUGUUGGCCGGAGGACAGGAUGUAGCAAUGUCCGCCGAGAUUGGUGGCGAUAUGCAGCGGGUGCUUCAGCGCCUUGGUCGUAUUCAGUAGCGUGGUCGGAUACGGCUCUUCUUCGGCAGUCCAGAAGGGAUGUGACUCGGGAAGGGAGAGAGCGAUGAACGACUUGCAGCACCAGUACGGGGAUCCCGGCGAGUUGUAGUUCUCGGUCAUGUUGUGAUUGGGAUAACAGUAGCCGAUGGUGAGAGUGCCGUCGCUGUUGAAUGCCCCAGCUUGCUUGGCCCACCAUCGGAUGUUGCGUAGUUGUAUUCCUUUGACGACACCCCAUGUCAAGGGGGCCGGAAGGUCGACAUCGGCAAAGGCAAGUGCACCCCAGAAUGCAGACAUCGCGAAACGGUACGUCAAACUCCUGCCGAAAGGAAUCGCGCGACCUGGACAAGGUUCAGAAGAGAGGGUGCAUACAGCCCGAAACCGUACCCUCAGCAUCAAAGUAGUGCACAAAAUCCAGCGCAAAUUGGCGAGCCCUGUUCCUAUAUUCCUCGCAGCGCACUGGAUCGUCUUUCUGAGCCAGCUUGGAGUAGACGAGCUGAGCGUACUGAAUCGCGAACGAGGAUGAGUAAUAGUCGAGUUGCACAACACCCUCCGGGCCAUCGCGAGACCACCCAUCACCGAUAUAGAACGUAUCGAGAUGGUCCAUGUCCGCCUUCAUUCGCUCAGCAUCGAAACGCGAGGAACCUGCUCUCGACAAGCCAAGAUUCGCAAAGACCUGUUGACGUGAGCGAGAGCAAGCCGUCGACGGGACAGGAUGCCUACACGGAACCAAAGCCAAUUCGUAUUCGGCAUCGCCUUGUCAUUCAUCCCACCGAGCCAGCGUUCAAAAUUCAUCUUGGCUUCAGGCGAGAGAGGAUCCCACAGUUUCUCCUUGGCCACGGCAAUGGAGAAUCCAAUAGCAGAGCAUUCAACCAUCCGCUGGUCCUUGUCCCGCAUCUCGC